AUGCCUCAAAUCUCACAAUUUGUUAACCAUCAGUUUUCUCCAGUUUUGGCCUCUCCAACAAUCCCAAAAAUGUAUCACCAUGCUACUCUCCCGACCAAUAAUAUGGUCACUAGCCAAAAUGUCCAUGACUGUGGCAAACGUUUCAUAAAUUAUGGUCAAAACAUUUGGAAUCACUCUCCAGAUGAUUUUUGUAAGGUCACUCCAACUAUCUCAAACAUGUAUGAUCAUGGUUUGGUUCUGACCAAUAAUAUGGUCACUAGCCAAAAUAGUCAUGAACGUAUUAUAACUUCUGAUCCAACCAUUCACCCUCCAAACAAUUUUAAUAAUCAGUGGGAAACCUUUUAUCCUGAACCUAUCAAUUACACCCAAGUCGGCACAAGUAACGGAGAUGGUGAAAGCAAGUAUCAAACACAUAGCUUACCAAAUGGAAAUUACGCUGCACAUAUGGGGUUAGUUGAUGCUAGAAGUGAGACUAACGAGGAAAAAGAGAAAGGACCUUGUGUGGGAACUAAAAAAAUUAUCGUACAGAAAAUCAUCAAGAUGUCAAUGGUAAAGCUCGAAAGAUUGAAUCAGAGGACAAAUUUCCAGAAGAAUGCUGAUGCAGUAGAGAUCAAAUAA